AUGGCGAUCUCCUCCUUCCUCUCUCCAAAAUUACCAUUUUACCCUUCAACCAAACUCGUUCCGAGUCGACUCACCCUUUCCUCACCCUCCGUUUGCUGUCUCUCAGUAGACCGCCGAAUCAACCAUCCUUCCUCCGCCGCAAGGAACGAUGAACUCUCCAGCUUACGAGUCGUGAUAACCGCCGGAGGCACUGCCGGACACAUCUCUUCGGCGCUCGCCAUCGGCGACGAGCUGAAAUCAGCUGACCCACUCACUCGGAUCCUCUUCAUCGGGUUCCCAAACAGUAUGGAGAGCACGACGGUCCCAUCCGCCGGAUUCGACUUCUCUGCAAUCUCCACCGUCGGAUCAUCAUCCUCCCGGCCAUUCCUCUACUUCACCUCCUUCCUCCGUUUCCCUCUCCGCCUGGUCCAGUCCACCUUCGAGUCCUACAAAAUCCUCCGCGAUUUUAAACCCCAAAUCGUCGUCGGCACCGGAGGACACGCCUCCUUCCCGGUCUGCUUCGCCGCCGUGAUCAUGGGACUCAAACUCGUGAUCCAGGAACAAGACUCGAUCCCUGGAACGACCAAUUGGAUUCUCUCCUUCUUCGCCGACACAAUCUUCGCUCCUUUCAACUGCACAGUCACAAACCUCCCCAAAAGAGCCGCCGCCAAGUGCGUCGUCUACGGGAAUCCGAUAAGACAAGCGCUAAGGCGGUACUCGUCGAAAGGAGCGGCGCGUGUGAGCUUCUUCGGACAGUGGGCAGGAGCUGUGUCGGAUGCGAAAGUUGUGCUUGUGCUUGGUGGGUCUCUAGGAGCAAACGCCAUUAACAUAGCUUUGCUUAACUGCUACUUGCAGAUUCUGUCCGACCACGAGAACUGGUUCUUCGUUUGGCAAACUGGCGUUGGAGCUUUUGAUGAAAUGGAUAGUCUUGUUCGAAGCCAUCCUCGUCUCUUUCUAUCUCCGUGA